CCCGCCGGGUGGCCAUGUUGCAGUGCUAGCAGGCAGCGCAGAGGCGGCGGCGGGCGGCAGCGCAGCGUAGAGCACCGCACCGCGAUGGCCGUGGCCGUGGGCAGACCGGCGAACGAUGACCUCAGGAACCUGUCCCUGUCUGGCCACGUGGGCUUCGACAGCCUCCCGGACCAGCUGGUCAACAAGUCAACGUCGCAGGGCUUCUGCUUCAACAUCCUCUGCGUGGGUGAAACUGGCAUCGGCAAGUCGACGCUGAUGGACACUCUGUUCAACACCAAGUUCGAGAGUGAGCCCGCGACGCACAACGAGCCCGGCGUGAGGUUGAAAGCCAGGAGUUAUGAGCUCCAGGAGAGCAACGUCCGCCUGAAGCUGACCAUUGUGGACACAGUGGGGUUUGGUGAUCAGAUCAACAAGGAUGACAGCUACAAGCCCAUAGUAGAAUACAUCGACGCACAGUUCGAGGCCUACCUGCAGGAAGAGCUGAAGAUCAAGCGAUCCCUGUUCAACUACCACGACACGCGGAUCCACGCCUGCCUGUACUUCAUCGCUCCCACUGGACACUCGCUCAAGUCCCUGGACUUGGUCACCAUGAAGAAGCUCGACAGUAAGGUGAACAUCAUCCCCAUCAUUGCCAAGGCUGACACCAUUGCGAAAAACGAGUUGCACAAGUUCAAGAGUAAAAUCAUGAGCGAGCUGGUCAGCAACGGCGUCCAGAUCUACCAGUUCCCGACUGACGAGGAGACGGUGGCCGAGAUCAAUGCCACCAUGAGUGUUCACCUUCCUUUUGCCGUGGUUGGCAGCACUGAAGAAGUGAAGAUUGGCAAUAAGAUGGCAAAAGCCAGGCAGUACCCCUGGGGUGUCGUGCAGGUUGAAAACGAAAACCACUGUGACUUUGUGAAGCUGCGGGAGAUGCUGAUCCGAGUGAACAUGGAGGACUUGAGAGAGCAGACGCACACCCGGCACUACGAGCUGUACAGGCGCUGCAAGCUGGAAGAGAUGGGAUUCAAGGACACGGAUCCGGACAGCAAGCCUUUCAGUCUCCAAGAGACUUAUGAAGCCAAGAGGAAUGAAUUCCUGGGCGAACUCCAGAAGAAGGAGGACGAAAUGAGGCAGAUGUUUGUCAUGCGAGUGAAGGAGAAGGAAGCAGAGUUAAAGGAAGCAGAGAAGGAUCUUCAUGAAAAGUUCGACCAUCUAAAGAGGACUCACCAAGAAGAGAAGAAAAAGGUGGAAGACAAAAAGAAGGAACUUGAGGAAGAGCUGAACAACUUUCAAAAGAAGAAGGCAGCAGCUCAGCUAUUACAGUCACAGGCUCAGCAGGCAGGUUCUCAACAAACCAAGAAAGACAAGGACAAGAAAAAUGCAAGCUUCACAUAAAGCCUGUCGAGCCAAGGAUGUUCCUGCAUUCACCUGCUUUUGCAGUAAUGUGUCUCUGCCAUCUGUUUUCUUUUUAUAUUUUUUUUUCCAUUUUUUAACAUGAAUAACUAUUAACUCAUCUAAUAACAUAGUGGGAACAAGAAGGAAGAGGGAUUGGAUACAGGACUGUAUGUGAUUGGAAGGUCAGGGGUGGGUGGAGGGAUGAGAUAAUGAUGAUACCAUGUAUUUUUCUCACCAAAACCAUCAGCAGUAAAUUAUUUUUGGCCCCCAGUUUGAACUGAGAGUCAGAGCUAGAUGUCAGCAGCUCAGGUAUUGACUGGCUCGGGCAUCCUCAGUGCUGCUGGCUGGAGGAGCCCUGUGCUGAGGGAGCCCCUGGAUUCACCAGCCCCAGGGAAUGAGUGUGGCAGGAGUGUCCCAGCCAGCCCAGUCCAGGGCAUGGCUAAAGGUGGAGUUCAGCCUGCCCCGCAUUCCUUCAGGAGCCGGUGUGCUGCAGCAGCCCCAGUCCUGCUGCGGGGGAGAGGGAGGGGGGUGUGUGUGUAGAUAACCACGUGUAACUGACCUUGCAUGCCGUGACAUUUGCAUGAUAAUUUGUGUUAGUUCCUGUCUUGUGCUGUCUGCCCUGACCGUGGCUGGGUGUGCUGGCCUGUGCUGGCCUGGUUUUCCAGCCUCCCUUCCAGCUCAGCGGAGCAGCUGCAGCUGAACGCUGCGGCUGCCUCGGGAAAGGACCAUUCCCAGCACCGCUCUCCCUCCACUACUUGCCUCAAACCUUUGGAACCUCCCUUAAAAUCCUUCCUGGUUUCCAACAGGCGGGACCUUAGCAAGGCUUAGCAGCCCUUAUGGAAUCAAAUGUCUGAGCAGGGGGGAGAUAGAGCCUUCAGCGUCCUCUUGGAUCUUCCAGGAGCAUUCCUGCACAAACUUAAAUACAGACUUGCAAGGUUGUGGAGUCCAGAAUUCCAGGUCAAGGGAGAAAAGGUGCUUGGAUGCACAGUCACUGCGCUGCCCCCCAGCCCUCCUGCAGCAGGAAUAAUGUCCCGUUCAGGUGUCCCUAGAGGAGACAAGGAGAUGUAGGAUAAGCCAGGCCCGCUGGCUGGCCAGUGCACAGUGGAAGUGGGUCUGUUUAACGUGUGUUUUCCAUGCCAUGGCUUUCGGACAGUCUUUCUCUUCCUUCCCAAGAAGUGGCGAGCCGUGCUUACCCUAUAACUCCUGGAUUUCUUCCUCUGCCAAUGCACAGCCAGCAGUUCCUCUGCUCCUAGAUUGGCAGUCUCCUGUUGCCUUCUUUGAAGCCCUCUUAGACAAAACUCUUCCUACCUGAGUCUCCCACUACAGCUGUUUGCUUGCUUCUGGAUGAAAUUCCUCUGGGGAGAAAAGAAAAGGCAGAAUUAUCCUUUUUUUAAUCACUUUUUCCUCAAGUGUUGGAUUGGGAAGUGCUUGGGGGUUAGCUUAUGGGUUGUCUUGCUUUUUAACCCUCACUGCUUAAACAUGGCAUUAGGAAGAGGAUAUCUAAAUACCAUGUCUUGGACAGACAGCAAAAAUGGUUAAAUAAGCUGGAAAUAAAAUAGUUGACCUUUCUAUCCUUUUUUUGGUGUUUUUUUUAAAUUUUUGGUUGGUUGGUUGGGGUUUUUUUGUGUGGUUUUUUUUGGUGUGGGUUUUUUUCUUUAAUUUUAUUUAUUUUUUUUUUUUUUUAAUUUUUUUUCCCCCUCCUGGACUUGUCAACUAUGCACUUUUUGUCAGGUUAAAUAGGUUUGCUGCAGGGUUGUUUGGAAAAAUGAAAUUCUGGUUCUUGUGGCUUCUGGCAAAGCCAGCUUUAAAACCUUGAGUUAUGAAGAAAGAAGUUUGAGUUGUUUGCAUGAGUUUUUUACAGUCACAUCACAUGUCCAUCACCAAGUGCUCGUGGCAAUAUGCUUUGCUUCAGCUGUCUCUGUGCAUGUCCUCUUUUUAAUUACCAGUGUUUUGUGCCAAGUAGAAAACUUAAUUUUAACACUUAUUUCUCCUGCUUCAUUUAACAGCCCUUCAAGGGAUGUUUAGCAGGGGAAAGAAACUGAGUUGAGCUUUUCCUUUUUGACAGAAAGCUGUGGCCAAGUGCUUUAGUGUCUUUUUGGUUGAGUUUUUCUCCAGCAGAAAACAAGCUGUGUUGGAGAAACUGGGAAUAAACCACAAACAUGAAGAUGUCCAAGGUACUGUUUUGGUUUUUUGCCAAAGGAGAUGGUAAUAACUUUUUUUCCCAUCUUGAACCCCUGGGCCAUGUUUAGCUUGUUCCUGCUGCACUUGUUGCUUUUCUUUCCCCAUGCCUUUUUUCACAGUAGCCUCUGAUGUGCAUGGAGUGAAUGAUACGCUCAGGUCUGGCUGGAUGUGCUUUCACCUUGCAUGUAAGUACAGCAGUAAGAGACUGACCCUUCCUGCCUCGCUCCUGGCGGGACACCAGCUGUGCUUUUCUGGGACAUUCUCCAAGUCCGCUUACUUGUGAAUGGGGUGGUUAAAACUCCUCUAAAACUGCAUGUUCCUGACAACAAGGUGGAUUCCAGUCCUUAGGCUAAUACAAAGGAGCAGGAAAGCACACUGAAACGUGCCUUUUCUGGGAUGGUGGUGUUCCCAGGGCAUGAAGCCAACCCCCAGAAUGGAAAAGCAAAGACAGUCCAGGUCUCUGCGAGGGGCUGGGGCUGCUCUGUAGAGGGGAGCACAUGUGGGUCUGGCAGGCAGUGGGAAAGGAGGAGAUGGGUAAGGGUUUGCUUCCCCAGAACCUUCCGGGGGUCACACAGUUCCUUUCUGGGAGGGCAGUGAGUAGGAAGGUGCCCUUGGAGCUCGUGGUCGUGAAAUGCAUCAUCUUGAAAUGCAUCUCCUGCGGUACCCCAGGAGUGGGGAAAGCAGGCACUGGCACCCACCCUGGGCUCCUCUCCAGCUGGAGAGCUGCCACUCCUGUCACCCCCUCCGUGUGCUUCUGACAGCUUGAAAUCCCAUCAGGGAGAUUCGUGUCUCCCUGGAAGUACGUCCAUGUUAAGCAGGGCCGAUGUUUCUGCAGGCAGCUCUCCUUCUGCUUCUCCCAAGCCGUCCGAGUGCGGAUGGAAAUGUCUUUGUGUGUGUGCCCACAUCGGGUCUGUCCAUUUGACUCCAGUCCCCUUCUGUGUCCCUUCUCCAAGGGCCCGGGUUGCCUGUGCAGGGUGUGAUAGCCGUGGCGCUCUCGCCAGCGUGUGCCAGCACGGAGCUCUACAAAUAUGAAGGGUUUUCUUAAUUGCCAGAAAACAAAGCUGUGAACAGCGGUAGAAAUCUUGUAUUUGUAUACAUUUUUAAUAUCCUGAUUGCCUUAAACCAUAGAUGUAGGACUUAUUACCUUGCUAUUGGAAAAUAACCCAUGUUUGUAACUAAACAAUUGUGUAACCUACGUACAGUGUUAAUGCAAAUGAUAUGUAUGCAUCUGUUAGAUAUUGUCACUUUAUUUGAUGUUAAAAUAUUUCAGUUUUUGAAUUACAGAUGGAAUAAUAACCUUAUAGCAUAAGCUUAGUUAUUUCUUGUAUAUGCUUCAGGUUACAGAUCCAAAUAGUGCCAACACUUGAAGUGGGGAGAGGAAAUAUAUUUUUACCCAAA